AAAAAAUGAAUAAAUGUUUUAAAAAAAAUGUGACAAGACCUACGAAAUUGGGUAUAAAUAACUUAGAAUAAUUAGUUCUUGAAAGAGCUAGACACUUUACUUCUAGCUUCAUGAGUAAUUGGUCUUUCCUUCAGUUUGAUGGCCAGAAGUAAACAGGUCUUCUCCUGUGGCAGUCAUGUCUAUAGCACUUCCUCAUGUGGAACCCAGGGCCUGCAAACCAUCCAGAACUGUCAGUAUUGAUUUUGGGCACUUCAUAUUUAUGUGAGUGAUAUGUCAGAUGACAGAAUUUAAUGAUUUCAGUUGUUUUGAAAAGAAGAGGACAAAUUUGGGGUAUUGAUGGAAGUUUUGUGGGCAGAACUUUGAUGCCACAAUUAUUUGGUAAUUUAAAUGCAACCAGACCCAGUUUUUACAGACAUGUUGAUCCUGUGUAUAGGAACCUCUGUGGUUCACACUGCUAAUGGGUGUGGAUAGCCCUCCACCAAGGCAAGAAUGUUGAUGGAAGAGGAAUGGGACAGUGAGGAUGGAAGUUACUGUCAUUGAAAGGCAGUAUAUUGUAUGGACGGAAUAUGGGCUGUGGUGCCAGAGGUAGAUUGGGGUCAUCUGGACUAUUUAGUUGUUGACAUGCCACCCGGAACUGGAGAUGUGCAGUUAUCAGUCUCACAGAAUAUUCCCAUUUCAGGUGCUGUGAUUGUCUCCACGCCCCAGGACAUUGCACUGAUGGACGCACACAAGGGUGCUGAGAUGUUUCGAAAAGUCCAUGUGCCUGUUCUGGGCCUUGUCCAAAAUAUGAGUGUUUUCCAGUGUCCAAAAUGUAAACAUAAAACUCAUAUUUUUGGUGCUGAUGGUGCCAGAAGACUAGCAAGGACCCUUGAUCUUGAUGUUCUAGGGGACAUUCCCUUACAUCUUAAUAUAAGGGAAACUUCAGAUACAGGCCAGCCGAUUGUGUUUUCACAGCCUGAAAGUGAUGAGGCCAAAGCUUACCUGAGGAUUGCCGCAGAAGUGGUAAAAAGAUUGCCACCACCUCUAAAGUGAAUUCCCCAAGUGUUCUGGAAAUUUGCCUGGUGCUUAACAAUAAGAAGACCUUUGGAAAUCAGCAGUGUGGUGAUGCAACCUACAGGAAUAAUAGAAUCAUUGUUAUUUUCUUUUAUUUCUAAGGAAAUAAUGUCUUAUUUUCAGAUUUGAUUUACUAAGCAAUGACUCACAAGUAAAAUUUUUAUAUAUCAAUGUUAA